GAACAACCCCCAAAGCAACUUCCCCAGCUCCAUUAGAUACCUAGGUACCUACCUACCCUCUCUAUAUUAUAGCUCGGUCACUUCCUCGAUCAACUCGGAAUUACUCCUUCACUUACUUUUUUUUUUAUCCAAUUCCCCUUACGAACCCAAUUGGCCCCCGAAAAUGGCAACACACAACAUCGUAGUCUUCGGCGGAGAUCACAGCGGCCCCGAGGUCGUGGCCGAGGCCGUCAAAGUCAUCAAAGCGGUUGAGUCCACCAGACCCUCUGUCGGCAAGUUCAACCUUCAAGAACACUUACUAGGCGGCUGCUCGAUCAACGCCCACGGCACACCCCUUACAGACGAAGCCCUCGCGGCCGCUAAAUCGGCCGACGCCGUGCUCCUCGGCGCCAUCGGCGGUCCAGAAUGGGGCACCGGCGCCGUGCGCCCCGAGCAGGGCAUCCUGAAGCUGCGCAAGGAGAUGGAGACGUACGGCAACCUGCGCCCGUGCUUCUUCCCCUCGGAGUCGCUCGUCGAGUACUCCCCGCUCAAGGCUGACGUCUGCCGCGGCACCAACUUCACCGUCGUCCGCGAGUUGACGGGCGGCAUCUACUUCGGCGAGCGCAAGGAGGCCGGCGACGACGGAGAUGUCGCUUGGGAUACCGAGCUGUACUCGCGCCAGGAGAUCGAGCGCAUCACCCGCCUCGCUGCGUAUAUCGCGCUUGCGAGUGAUCCCCCCGCGCCCGUCUGGAGCCUGGAUAAGGCGAACGUCUUGGCGUCGAGUCGCCUCUGGCGCAAGGUCGUGUCCGAGACGAUGGCCCGCGAGUUCCCCCAGCUGAAGCUCCAGCACCAGCUUAUCGACAGCGCGGCCAUGAUCAUGGUCAAGAACCCGCGCGGUCUGAACGGCGUCGUCGUCACUAGCAACCUAUUCGGCGACAUCAUCAGCGACGAGGCGAGCGUUAUUCCCGGCAGCAUUGGCCUGAGCCCUAGCGCCAGCCUGAGCGGUAUUCCGGACGGCAAGUCGAGGUGUAACGGCAUAUACGAGCCCAUCCACGGCUCGGCCCCCGAUAUCUCAGGCAAGGGCAUCGUCAACCCCAUCGGCACCAUCCUCUCCGUCGCCAUGAUGUUCCGAUACUCGCUGCAGCUACCCAAGGAGGCCGACGCCAUCGAGCAGGCGGUCAAGAACGUCAUCGACGGCGGCGUCCGGACGAAGGACCUCGGCGGCGAGGCCGGCACCAAGGAGACUGGCGAUGCCGUCGUUGCGGAAUUAACCAAGAUUCUUAAGAACUAACUAACUAACCGACCAACUAGAGUCAUCUUCCUAAGAUAGGAAAGGUCUAGAUCUACGGAUGGCGGACUGGAAAUUUCAAAGUGGUGUUCUCGGCAUGGGUACCCAGGUAAAUAAAAUAAAACUGGUAGGGGAAACGGACGACGAUGGUUUGCUAGUUUAUAAUGCGCUGCGACGCGUUCAAUGCAAAUUCGAUGAUUUCAAGUUUUUUUUUUUUAGCUUGACGUAAAUGUCAGAACUUUGUAGUAAAAUAGGACUUCUCCUAGUUGAUUUGAUAACGAGCCUAGCACACCUCU